AUGUUGGGGAAACGUAAGCGUGUGGUGUUGACAAUUAAGGACAAGCUUGACAUUAUUAAGAAACUUGAGGAAGGCAUCUCUUUCAAAAAACUCUCUGUGGUGUAUGGAAUUGGUGAAUCCACCGUUCGCGAUAUUAAAAAGAAUAAGGAUAGAAUAAUAAGCUAUGCAAGCAACUCAGAUCCUACAAGCGGGGUAUCCAGACGUAAAUCUAUGAAGUCAUCCACAUACGAGGAACUUGAUAGAGUUAUGAUAGAGUGGUUUAACCAACAGAAAACAGAUGGGAUUCCAGUGUCUGGAGCAAUUUGUGCAAAACAAGCCAAGUUCUUUUUUGAUGCGUUAGGGAUGGAAGGUGAUUUCAGUGCAUCGUCUGGCUGGCUAACUCGGUUUAAGCAGCGCCAUGGUAUUCCCAAGGCUGCUAGUCAAGGAACAAAACUGAAAGGAGAUGAAGCGGCUGCCAGCGAAUUUUGUGGCAGCUUUCAGGAAUUUAUUGAAAGAGAGAAUCUACAACCAGAGCAGAUUUAUGGUGCUGACCAAACGGGGCUGUUCUGGAAAUGUUUACCAUCCAGGACAUUAGUUCUUGAAACUAAACAAAAUACGUCUGGUUAUAGGUCAAGCAGAGAGAGGAUCAUUAUUAUGUGUUGUGCAAAUGCCACAGGUUUACACAAACUGAAUCUUUGUGUUGUGGGGAAAGCAAAAAGACCCCGUGCAUUCAAAGGAGCUGACCUUUCCAACUUUCCUGUCACUUACUUCAGUCAGAAAAGCGCGUGGAUAGAACAUUCAGUUUUCAGGCAGUGGUUUGAAAAGUACUUUGUGCCGCAGGUGCAGAAGCAUUUGAAAUCCAAAGGGCUUCUGGAAAAAGCAGUGCUGCUUUUGGAUUUUCCUCCAGCACAUCCACAGGAAGAGUCGCUGAGCUCCGAUGAUGGCAGAAUAACUGUGAAGUAUCUGCCACCGAACGUCACCAGUCUAAUUCAACCGAUGAACCAGGGCGUUCUAGCCAUGGUAAAAAGAUACUACCGAGCAGGGCUUCUCCAGAAAUACAUGGAUGAAGGAACUGAUCCAAAAAUGUUUUGGAAGAACUUGACAGUGUUGGAUGCAAUUUAUGAAGUAUCCAGAGCUUGGAACAUGGUGAAGUCAAGCACCAUAGCCAGGGCUUGGAAAAAGCUUUUACCUGGCAAUGAAGAGAAUUCGAGCCUGAGCAUGGAUGAAGGAGCCAUUUUUGCAGCUAAUUUAGCAACGGUUUUACAGAACACAGAAGACUGUGAACACGUUGACAUUGAGAAUAUUGACCAGUGGUUUGACUCUCAGAGUAGUGACUCCAGCUGCCGGGUGCUAAGUGACAGUGAAGGUGUGGAGGACCAGUCCAAGCCUGCUGAGCAAAAGCCUCCCAGCAAGACCAGGAAGACAGACGUGCAUCCAGAGAAGCACAUUAGCCAUAAAGCUGCACUUGAAUGGACUGAAAAUUUACUGGAUUAUCUAGAACAACAAGAUGACAUGCUUCUGUCUGACAAGCUGGUAUUACGGAGGCUGCGAACGAUAAUAAGGAGAAAGCAGAAGAUCCAUCAUCACAAGAGUCGUCAGUAA